CUUGUUUUCUCUGUGGAGGUUCUCGGCGCAUCCAUAAACCGCGAAGACUUCAUGAAGCUCGCCGCCACAGCAUGUGUCCCCGCACAGAUCCUCCUGGUGCUUUUGGUACAUGUGGCGUCCACGAUCCCCCCGGGCUGCCCUGAGCGCUGUGUGUGUGAUGACCAGCAUGUUGUCCAGUGCGCUGAACAAGACCUCCGCAGAUUCCCAACGGGACUCCCGCUGACCACCCGCCAGCUCAUCCUGUCCAACAACCGCAUCUCUGAUUUACCCGCGCUCGAGCUCAAUUACCUGUCCGACCUCACCUAUUUGGACUGCAGCAAUAACUCCCUCACACACAUCUCCGAAUCCACAUUUGGGAACCUGAGGAAGCUGGCGUAUCUGGACCUGUCCUUCAAUUCCUUCUGUAGGAUAGAGGAGCAGACGUUCAGCGCGCUGGAGAGCCUGGUGAUGCUGAGACUCACAGAUAACCCCAGGCUCUCAGAGUUUCACCCUCUGGCUUUCUCGCAUGCCAGUGCUCUUCAGGUGCUGGAUAUCAGCAGGAACAACCUGAGCAGACUCAACGUGAGCUCCCUCAUGGCUCUAGGCGGGCUCCGGUCGCUCGGGCUCAGCGGGAACCCGUGGAUGUGCGCCUGCGACGCGGAGGAGCUCUGCUUGUGGAUGCACACGGACACCUUUAAGUUUCAAGAAGAGGGACAGACAGUGUGUGACAGUCCACCAUCCUUACGGGGUCAGCGUCUCUCAGAGUUGGGCCUUUGGCUGAGAAGACAGUGCCAUCCAGGACUGGCUCACCAGGACUACCUGUUCUUUGUGGCCAUUGGUUUUGUCAUCUUUGGAGUAGGGACAGUACUGGCAUGGGCAGCCGGCAUGAUGAUAGUGCUCUGUCAGCGCUGUGUCAGAUGGAGGAAGGACAGACCAAAUGUUGACAUGACCGUGGAGGAAAUUAAAACAGGACAAAUUGGGUAAGGGGAACUGAGAAAUACUUGAGCAUAAACCUAAAUCCUGGAGUGCUGACAGCAACAGGAAGUGAGGUGACAAUCAUUUUGACUGAGUGACAGAGGUAAAAUAUCAAGAUCAUGAGGCAGCUGACACGAGCUGUGUCCGAAAGCUGAAA